AUGGCCCCUUCGGAAUCGUAUCUGAUCCCAGGAGAUCGCGACUAUCGCUCCGAUGGAACGUCUCUAUACCCUGCCAAACGGCAAAGGAUCCUGGCUUGCAAGCGUUGCAGGCAUCGUAAACAGAGGUGUGACGGAGACGGAGAGAAUCCAUGCUCCAACUGCACAAAUGCCAACGCCGAAUGCUUUCCCACGGAGCCCACGCUCACUCGAGCGCGAUACAAAGCCGAUUAUGUCCAAUCUCUAGAGAGACGCCUGGGCCAGCUCGAACGCCUUCUCCCGCAUGAAACUCCAUCUCAAGAGGACCGGAGCGCAAAUGAGAUCACCACUGUUCUUCCUCAGGGAGAAGCCUCUCGGCCCGUGGGAAGCAGCAAUUCUUCCAACUUAAGGGUAGAGAAGAGUGUAUCUCCGACACAAACCCAUCAGUCUCACAAUACUCACAUGUCGACUUCAGGUACUUCGGCAUCUCCGUCGACGAAUGCCUUCCAAUCGCUUACCAGUGUUCCACAUCCUCUUCCUCGGCGGGAGAGCAAUAUCAUAGGCCUCGUGGCCAGUCUACCGUCCGCUCAUCUUCAACAACAACAACAAGAAGUGUCUUCAUCCAUCACUCUCGAGCAUUACCUGAACCAGUUGGCGGUGUGGCCAGACGGAAGUAUCCCUUCAGAAAUCGAGGAGCACCUCAUCAGCGUGUACUUUGACAAAUGUAACCGACGAUGGCCGUUUAUGGUGUGGACUACUUUCUAUUCGUGGCAUACUCGCUGGAAGAACAGAUCGCGAGAAGGACCGUAUCAUGACGAAUGGCAGGGGUUCUUCGUGAACAUGUUGUUUGCUGUCGCCUUACUCCUCGACCCGAAGAAUCCGCUGAUCGUUUCACACACCUCCCAGACGUUCUACGAACAAGCAGUCAACAACUACCUUCCAGCGGUCUUGAGACAGCCUAACCACUUGCUUCACGCUCAAGCGUACCUCAUGAUGUCCUGCCACGCUUUGUUCUCACCAUCAGCGGAGCAGAUCUCGCUCAUGAUAUCAUCGGCGGUCCGAUAUUGCAUCGUGGCCCGAUUUCACCUGGUUGAGUCAGAGCCAGAACCCACGGAUGCCGCCGCCAGGUUGGAGAUACAAAUGAGGAGGAGAGUGUUUUGGGUUGCAUACGGUCUCGACAGGCUGGCGUGUGGUGUCUUGCGUCUGCCAUUCUCAAUAUCUGACGACAAUAUAACCGUGCCGCUUUUCGACGAUGUGGACGAUGCCGGGCUUUUACAAUCUCCCCGGAUCCCUCAAGACCCGAAAACGUCAGUUUCCUCGGCCUUACACCGAGAGAAAUGCUUCCAGAUUCAAUCCGAGAUCCUGAAUGUCACCAUGCGGGCCGAUUUUUCAAAGAACUUUGACUCACUGUCUGACUGGAGAUCUUAUAUCCUGUCAAAAUUGGAGCACUGGAGAGCCCAAUUGCCACAAGCCGCCGAUACUGACACAACAAGCCCCACCGACGAGCGAUGGAUCUUGAUAGUGUACAACCACUGUCUUCUCUAUCUCUUCAUCCCCUCGAAAUGGAACGUCCGUGGACCGGCCGGUGACUGGUCGGUCAGAGCCAGCACUCAGACAAUAUUGAUAUUCCGCAAAUUUCAGGGCUACCGAACCGUCCCUCAUCCUAUGCUUGGAUUGAUCAGCCAGUUUUCCAUCGGCAUCACCCUCCUGUAUUGCCUCUGGGCGACUCCUCCAAAGUUCCGUGCCGAACCUUACAACUCCAAGAACGUGUUUGAGGCUGUAAGAGCCUGCUCUAACAACCUGGCCAUCAUAACCGAGAGGUGGGAGAGCACGAAAGACCUCGCAGACAUAUUCGAGCUCCUCGCGACGGAGAUUCCUUUGGCCGAGACAAUGUCGCACAACGGCGAACGCGCAGUCAGCCGCGUCAGCCACGAAGCCGCCGAAGAGAUUCAUUCGAAGCUGCCUCAUGUGAAACAGUUGGUGCUCAAUCGGGAGAUAAUCCGCAUGAUAGAAGAGAUGGCAACUGAAGACUUCCCACGUGAUGACGAAGAUGCAGUAGCGGUGGGAUCAUCAUACCCGGGCGUGACGGACAAUCUUUCCAUCAGUGGUGGGCCAGCCGGAACUGGGCAGACGUUGUUCACAAAUGGGCUCCCUUUGUAUCAGUUCCCGAGUCAAUACCUUUCCAACGACAGUUUUGUCGACAGUUUCUCUCCCGGACAAGCGCUGGAGUUCCCUGGUAGCUUGUCCGGGUUUGAUGUUUUUUGA